AUGGACUGGCGUAAGUUGUUCGGAGGUUCGACAAAUCAAAACCUAGAUUAUUUUCCCACCAAACUUUGCGAUGGCAUUCCGACUAUUUCCCCGCCUUCAGAGAUCUUCGAAGAAGGAAUUUCAGAGUGGAGUUUGUCUAUAGUGGGCCAAUUUCUGGGAGUGGCUCCAAGCUUCUCCACUCUUCAUCGGACAGUCGAAACUUUAUGGAGUAAAGCUUUGUUGGGAACCCGUUUACAGGUCAGUUCUGCUGGAAACAACACCUUUGUUUUCUCUUUCAGUAGCGAAUCUGCUAGAGACUGGGUUUUGAAUAAUGGUCCUUGGCAUGUGCAUAAUAAACCCUUAAUCCUUAGGAAUUGGGAGCCUAACCUUAAAAGGCUUAGUCUCAACUUGUCUAAGAUUCCAGUAUGGGUAAAUCUGUUCAAUGUCCCACUCGAACUAUUUUCUAGAACUGGCUUAAGCUAUAUUGCAAGUGCCAUUGGAGUCCCUAUAUCCAUGGACACUAUUACUGCUACGAAAUCUAGACUUGAAUUUGCAAAAGUCUGUAUAGAAAUAGGUGUUAGAGAUGUUAUUCCGAAGCACAUUGUGGUAGUUCUGAAAAACGGACAAACAACCUCAAUAACUGUUGAGGUUCCUUGGCUUCCACAUUCUUGUAGGAGAUGUAAUGUAUUUGGGCAUAACGAGAAAGGUUGUGAGCUUAAAACAACCACUAACCAAACUGUCCCUCUAGUCUGGAAGAAAAAGACAGAACACAAUCCCAUUACAACAGCCAUUCAGAAGGAUAAUGUUACUGAAACUGAAGUAAAUGCAAAGAGUAAGGAGAUUGAGACUGAAGUUAUUGUUCCAGAUCAAAUACAGAAGCUUCAUUAUUCUAAUGUUGCUGCUACUAAGAACAAAACUGAAGUUAUUGCUGCUGUCUCGAACAAAGCUGAAGUUACUGCUGCUGUCACGAUCAAAGCUGAUAUUGUUGCUGCUAUUAAGAACAAAACCGAAGAUACUGCUGUUGUCCCAAACAGAGAUGAUGUUCCUGCUUCUAACCUCGAAACUGUCGAAGCAGAAAAUAUACAACCAUCAGUACUUACAACUGGUAAUGGCCGACAAUUGAAAGAAGUUGCCAAAUCUCAGUUUUCAGGCUCAUCCAACAGAUUUGAUUUACUCAAUUCUGUUGAAGAGAAUUCUAACUGUUCAGAAAUUCAAAGGAAACCUAGGGCAGCAUCUUUGGGAGUGGCAAGCUUAUUGAAAGACCUAAAAUCAAAAAAGAAGGUUCAGUUUGAGAGAGCUAAACGGCUCACUGCUGGAGGUCAAGGGGGUUCUUCGGGAUUGCCUUCUCAAUGA